GUGUCCGCAUCGGGAUCAGCUGACUGGCCGUUUUGCUCUUUUAGCAAUAGUCUGCGCGGUUUGGCUUUGUUUAUUUCGCUUUACUUAGCACGUUAUUCGCUCGUACGUAUUUUUAAUUUAUCUUGAUUUUAACAAUGGCCGAAGACUUAAGGCACUGGUCCGUGCUCGUAGUACCAUAAAAUCGAGAAUUACUAUAUUCACCAAACAUUUUAAUAAUGUCAAAACGAAUGACUAUAAAACUAUUACUGAAAUACAAAUUGAUGAACUUCAAUUUAAACUAGAUCGGUUCCAAUCAUUAAUGUCGCAAUUUGAUGAAAUUCAAGGAAAGAUCGAAAUGUUGUCUUCUGAUUCUGAAGAACAGAUAAAUGAAAGGGAUGUUAUGGAAGAUAAUUUUGGUUCAUUAAUCUGUCAAGUGAAAAAAUAUAUUGAAGGGUUUCAUAACUUUCAUAAUAAUGGCGAAAAUGAUUUGGUAGUUAAUUCACAUUCAUCCAAACACUCCAAAUCAUUUAAUAUCAAAUUGCCGACUAUAGAUUUGCCUCACUUUGAUGGAAAUUCAUUAAAAUGGUUAGAAUUUCGCGAUACGUUUAAUUCAUUAGUAAAUGAAAAUGACCAAAUUCCGGAGAUUAAUAAGUUCCACUAUUUACGUUCCUCGCUAAGAGAUGGCGCUAUUGUCGUCAUAAACUCAAUUGCUUUUACGGCUGCAAAUAAUAAAUUAGCAUGGGAGAUGCUUUGUAAUAGGUACGAUAAUACUAGGCUGUUAGUGAAUAAUCACUUGAAAUCAUUAUUUUCCUUUCAACCUCUUACUAAGGAAUCUCACCAAUCAUUACGUUAUAUGAUUGAUUAUUUUACCAAAAAUUUACGAUCACUUAAUGUUUUAAAUGAACCGACCGAUUCUUGGGAUCCAUUAAUUAUAUUUAUGAUGACGAUCAAACUAGAUGGCGUCACUAGUUGUAAAUGGGAGGAAUAUAGAAGUUCUUUACCGGACUCUCUCUGCCUGGACGAUUUUUAUAUAUUUCUUCGUAAUCGAGCUGAUAUUUUAGAAACACUACAAUUUAACAAAUCUGAUAAUUUUAAAUACGAAAAAGGUUCUCAUAGAUAUGAUCCAAAAGUAACAAGAUCCUUUGUAAUAACCAAUAAACGCACAAAUAAUAAAUCUUGUGUUGUUUGCAAAGGGAAUCAUUUAUUACAUAAUUGCGAUCAGUUUAGAAACAUGAGAGUGGAAACUCGGUUGAGUGAAGUUGCCAGACUUAAUCUUUGCGCCAACUGUCUGCGACCGGGCCAUCGUCCCUCUCGAUGCUUUCGUCAAUGCUGUCGUCUAUGUAACAUAAAACACAAUACGUUUUUGCAUAUGGAAGAGGCAAAGACAGUGAACUACCUCACUCACCCGGCAGCGUUCACGGCGACGAUAAUAAUACCGAAGUUUCGUUGUCCGCCGUGA